AUGGCGUACUGCCAGAGUGCCUUGACUGUGACGAAGAAGAUAGAAGAAGUUGCCCGCUCCGAAUCUGGAAAGACGACUUGCCACAGCGUAAAACCUGCUUACAACAAAGAUGCCACGGGUUUGGAGCUUUACUCAGAGACCCUCCCAGGUUUGCUCAGGAAUCAAGUACUUGCCACACCAGACGCCUUCGCCUUGGAUAGCUACGCUUGCAAAUGGACCUAUGCAGAGCUAGAAAGGAACGUCUCCACUGCGUCAGACCUCUUCAAAAGCCAUGGUGUUCGAUCAGGAGACAAAGUUGGACUGUACUUUCAUCUCUCGCCAUGGGCUGUUGUCAGUAUCUUGGCAACCAUGAGACUCGGGGCAGCCAUCGUUCCGGUUGACCCAGUUCACCCUCCUGCUCGAAGAAAGACUAUGCUUCGGGAAGCAGGGGCAGAUAAAGUUAUCGUAGAGGAUAGCAGCUUUGUUGACGAUUUGCUGGACUCCGGGUUCUUGCCGAUCGAUGUCUCUGUGAUUGCCUCACUUCUACACAAGACCACUUCAGCACUUGUUGCUGAUGAACCAGAGCCGGACCCUGGAUCCGACGCUUUUAUUGCAUUCACUUCAGGCUCGACUGGCACACCCAAAGGCAUUGUACAAACCCACGAGGCUAUAGUCACCAUGAGCAAGGCAUUGGCCCAUCGAUUGCACGUGGAUGAAUCGUCUCGGGUCGCACAGUUCCAUCCCUACAUAUUCGACGUCGCUAUGAUGGAAAUUGGAAUGUUUCUCGCAACAGGCGCAACGUUAUGCAUAUCGAAGAGGAAAGACAUGAUGCUGCCAUCCCCUGGAGAGGUUGGACAGCAAUUGGCCAAGGCGAGUAUCACACAUAUCACCCUGUCACCGACGAUGCUGAACGCGGUGAAUACCGAAGAUGUGUCAACUCUCAAAGUCUUGAGUGUAAUGGGCGAACCUUUGGGCUUACUUGCUUUGAAGAAAUGGGCUAGCAACGACAAGUGCAUCUUCUAUCAAUUGUGGGGAUGCACUGAAGCAAGCAUUCUCCAAUCCAUUACAACGCCAAUCACUUCAUCUCAUGCUCCGCAAAACAUCGGAAUGGCAAUCAACGGAACCUGUCGUUUAUGGAUCGUAGAUCCUACAGACAUUGAUAGACUGAUGCCAACUGGAGAAGCAGGCGAGCUUAUCGUCGAGAGCAGAGUUCUUGCAAAAGGCUACCUCAAUCAACCCAAAGAAAAUGCAAAAGUUUUCAUCAGAAGAGCCUCUUGGAUGGACAUCUCCUCCCGCGGCACGCUCUACAAGACUGGUGAUCUAGCUCGAAAGGAAGCCGAUGGUACCCUCACCUUUCUAGGUCGGCUAGAUUGCCAGAUGAACUAUUUCGGGGAAAGGAUCGAGCUUGGGGAGAUUGACUAUCACAUCAGUCAAGCUCAAACAAGUCAGAUGCUGGAGUGCUUCUCUGAAUUUCAUGCACCAAGUAAGACUGUCGUGGGAUUUGUAUGUGGCGCAAGGAAGACUGCAGUAGAGCUGGAAGGAGACUCGGGUCUGUUAUUAUUAUCCUGGGAUACGGCUGUCGUGCCCAAGUCUACGAUGCAGCAACUCACGAAAGAACUUGUCGAGAAGGGAGAACUUCCUGAGUACAUGGUGCCGCGUUUCUGGAUUCCUAUUCGUCAACGGCCAUUGACAGUAUCGGGAAAGACUGAUARGUCAUGUCUGAGAGACGUCAUGCAGAAUCUGACGGCAGCGCAAUGKGAAGAUUGUCAUAUUCCUUGCAGGACAUCACAUAGUGAUCUAGAUACAGAUGAAUAG